UGAGCAUCAUUCUGGAUGUUUGGGAGCGAGUGCCGCCAUUUUCGUAACUGCUGACUAAUAAGCCUUGAAGGGUGCUCAACAAACUCUUUGGGUCCACAGAGCUUGGCCACUCAUUAGUCUGCCCUUACGGGCUGGGUUGUUACCACUCAGUCACAGCAAUAGAGGAUCUGCUGGCAUCUCCUGAGUGUUGUGCAUCCCUCAGUGUGUUAUGAGUACAAGGUUUCUCAUAUGUGGCCGAUAAUAUGCUCUAAUGUGUGGGUUAAUAUGAUUUCAGCUUCCUGCAUUCGUGUGAGGCUUCUCAAGGCUUCAGCUUUUUUUUUUUUUUUAUUUUCCCCGGUGUUUUGUUAGCCUGAGCUAUUUCCUUAGGUUUGGCCUCCAGCCCACAAAAGCAACAUCUGCAGGGCUCUCACACAGUGACGCCAGUCUACCUCAGCCAUGAUUUGGCCUCAGCUUACUGAAGGACAAGCGUGUAGAGGCUCCCCUGGUUUAUCUUAGGUGGGUCACGGCAUUGACACGCAGCUGCACUCCUAGCUAUAUAUAUGUACGCCUCCACCUGGGGACUGGCUCCUCAGGUGUGUGCUCACCAUGGCUCGCUGGGAGAUCCUGUGCUUUGCCUUGUGCUCCUACCUUGGGGUAGCGCGGGCUGCAACCCUGGGUGUGGUGAACACCGAAGGCGGUUUUGUGGAAGGCGAGAAUAAAAAACUGGGACUCUUUGGGGGUUACAUCGACAUCUUCAGAGGGAUCCCCUUUGCUGCUCCUCCAAAGACUCUGGAAGACCCCCAACCUCAUCCUGGCUGGGAUGGAACAUUGCAGGCAAAAAAAUUCAAAAAUCGCUGCAUCCAGAUGACGCUUGCACAAACGGAUGUCCGCGGGAGCGAGGACUGUCUCUAUCUGAACAUCUGGAUCCCUCAAGGGAAGAGACAGGUGUCUACCAACCUGCCAGUGAUGAUCUGGAUCUACGGCGGGGGCUUCCUUGUAGGAGGGAGCCAGGGAGCCAACUUCCUCAAUAACUACCUGUACGAUGGCGAGGAGAUUGCCGUGCGGGGCAAUGUGAUUGUGGUGACCGUCGGCUACCGCGUGGGGCCCCUGGGCUUCCUGAGCACAGGAGAUGCAAACAUGCCAGGGAACUACGGGCUGAAGGACCAGCACAUGGCUAUUGCCUGGGUGAAGAGGAAUAUCAAGGCCUUUGGGGGUGACCCAGAUAACAUCACCAUCUUUGGGGAAUCAGCCGGUGCCGCCAGUGUCUCCCUGCAGACGUUGACCCCAAAGAACAAGGGCCUGUUCAAGAGAGCCAUCAGCCAGAGCGGCGUCGGUCUCUGCAGCUGGGCCAUCCAGAGGGACCCGCUCACCUGGGCUAAAAAGCUUGGAGAAAAAGUGGGCUGCCCCACAGACAACACCACCACCUUGGCCAACUGCCUGCGCGUCUCCGACCCCAAAGCUGUGACGCUGGCCUACCACCUGCAGAUGAUCAACCUGCCCACUCCCCUGGUUCACACACUUGCCCUCACGCCUGUCAUCGAUGGAGACUUCCUCCCAGACAUGCCGGAGAACCUCUUUGCCAACGCUGCUGACAUUGACUACAUUGCUGGGGUCAAUAACAUGGAUGGACACAUCUUUGCUGGCAUUGAUUUACCUGCUAUCAACCGCCCGUUUGUGAAAAUCACUGCGGACGAGGUCUAUAAUUUGGUCAAAGGACUUACUGUGGACAGGGGUGAGCGUGGAGCCAACCUGACAUACAAUAUCUACACGCAAGUGUGGGGUGACAACCCAGACCAGGAGGUCAUGAAGAAAACAGUGGUGGAUCUGAUGACUGACUACAUCUUCCUGAUUCCCACACAGUGGGCACUGAGUCUGCAUGCGCGUAAUGCCCGGAACGCCAAGACAUACAGCUACUUGUUCUCGCAGCCAUCCCGAAUGCCCGUCUACCCAAGCUGGGUAGGGGCAGACCAUGCCGAUGACCUGCAGUACGUAUUUGGGAAGCCCUUUGCCACUCCCCUGGGCUACCUGCCCAAGCACAGGAAAGUCUCGUCUGCCAUGAUUGCUUACUGGACCAAUUUUGCCAGGACAGGUGAUCCCAACAAAGGCUACUCUGAGGUGCCUGUUACCUGGCCGCCCUACACCAACGAAAGCGGUUACUACCUGGAAAUCAACAACAAGAUAAAUCAGAACUCCGUGCAGCAGAAUUUGAAAGCCCGGUACGUGAACUUCUGGAAGUCGAACUAUCUGAAGCUGCCGCAGGUUGCCAACUUCUCCCUGACCGAGGAACUGCUGUGGAGCUAAGCAAAACCACCUUUAGAAGAUUGUCCCCAUUCAUUAAAGGCUUGCUUGUAACUGAG